UUAACCCGUGACCUUACAUGUUCCAGUGACCCAACUAGCUAUAAAGCGACCUACAUAUUUUAGCCCGACUCUGCUUACGUGAAGUGCUUUAUUAUGAGAAAAGAUAAUCAAUACCAGCCAGUACGAUGUAACCUUUAAAUAAUAGCAAGACACUGUGUAUUCUAGUAAAAAUUCAAUCUUUGUCAGUUUUAUUUUGUGAAUUGUGAAUUAUUUAAACAACAGAGAACAGCCCGCAGUUGAACGACCUUGCAGUAAGAAGAAGAAGGGGUCACUCUGACAUAGCGACAUGCUGACCUAAUAGUAGCUAUCUAAAAGAAAAAAAGAGAAGCUCUGUGCGACCGAGCAACACACAACAUUAGUACCUUGGAGAUAUUAGUCAUCAAACGCCAUAGAAACAGGUUUUACAGUCAAGAAAGAAGUUAUCAGUAAAGAAUGGGUCUGUAGCUAAAUAGAAAAGAACAAGUUUAAACAAUCAUGGGAACUCCUUAACUGCAACAAACAUGCCCCCACCUAAAAAACCGAAAAAUGGCCCAACCACCGUGGAACAGUUCCUCUCCGGUGAGGAACUUAAGAAUAUGACAGUAAAGAAGGAAAAACUACAGACCCAGUCUUCUAAUGGAACGAGCAGUUCAUCAGACGUGGAGGCCCAAAAAUCUCCAAACAGCCCACUGCCAGAACAGGGAAACUCAGGUCCUCAUCAAGCAGCUACUGGUAAUGGAGACAGUAAUCAGAACAGUCAUAAAAUACUGAGAAAAAUAUUCACAGCCCAGCAAGAAGCAACUGUUUCAACUGUACAUAGAUCUCUUUCAUCUUCAAGCGAUGAACCAGCAUAUGAAAGGGAUUUAACAGAAGUUAAAAUAGAAUAUGACAAUGAUUAUGAAACAAACAAAGAAUCUGCAGCUACUACUGUCUCUGUGCCUUUGACAGGGAACAACUCAACUACCCCAACACGAAAUGGUAAGAUGAAAACCAUGGCAGCAGUUCAGUACCUCAAGCCACAGGAUAAAUCAUCUCCUGGACAAAUCAAGGAACAUUUUGACACCAAACAAACGGGUCACACAGAAAUCAGUCGAACAAUCCUCACAACCGAUCACCUCCGCAUCUAUGAUCAGUCUGUUGUCCGUCUACCUCUUUCAGAUACCUCAGUAUCCCAGCCAAGUACCUCAUCCUUAUAUUCAGAAAUGGCUGUGCCCAAUCUACCUCCUUACAGUUACCCAGCAGUACAGCCUGCAGUCAACAAUGAACCUUUUGAUUUGUCGGUCAAGAAAAACAGCAUCCUGGAAAUGAUGCAAAAUUCAAAAGUUACCCUCAGUAGAUCCGAUCAGUUCGGAGACAUUAUGCCACGGGUUGGAAUUCUACCUCAGGGACCGGGUAAGAUGACACCGGCCACAUUAUCUCUAUCUCAAGCUCUUUACCUCACAGGCAGCUCGGCCAAAUCAGCCAGCAGCAGCAUCUCCCCUGUCACAGGGGCACAUCUCAGGGAAGUCAGGGGCUCAGAUGUUCUUAAUGCGAAUCCUCAUCGAGUUGUCAACCUUUUAACCACUCGAAUCCUUGCGCCAGAAGAUUAUCCGGUGUCUACUAUCAUUGCUGCUCGAUCUAAUAAUUCAAGAGAAAGCCCAUUUUCAGGGCAUGAGAGCUUACAAGAGAUACAAUAUGGGGAAACGGUGGAGAAUAAAUCCCCUGUAGAAGAUGCACGGAUGGUAUCCCCAGGCAUUUGUAUGACCACACAUCAUUCUAUGAUGGUUAAUAACAUCCACAUACAAGCCCCCACAUCUACUACACAUGAUGGGCGUGGUCGAGAAACUAAGUUUAUCCCCCCCAUUGAACCACAAAGUGCUAUGUUACUAGAACCACAAUUAAAGAGACAAAAUACACCACCAGGAAGUAGCACACCGUCUAAAGUUUGUCAAGUCUGUAAUGAUAAUGCAUCUGGCUUUCAUUAUGGCGUUUGGUCAUGUGAAGGAUGUAAAGCAUUCUUUAAAAGAAGUAUACAAGGUAGGAUCCAAGGUCCUGUUGAUUAUGUAUGUCCAGCUACAAAUAACUGCACAAUAGACAAACAUAGACGUAAAAGUUGCCAAGCUUGCCGUCUGCGCAAGUGUUAUGAAGUUGGAAUGAAUAAAGGAAGUCAAAGAAAAGAAAGAAAGAGUAGUGGAGGUGGAGGAGGAAAGGGAAAACGAUGUCGUGUUGAUUCUUCAGAGACAGCUGUUAAUUCAACAUCGGGUUCACUCAUUCCUUCUAAAUGUGCCAAACGGAGUCGAGCUUAUGCUAUAUUGGAAGCGCUGCAGAAAGCUGAUCUUCCUGUACUAGAGAGUUACCAUAAUCAUAACUUGCCGCCAUCUAGAAUACAUUUAUUAAAUACGCUGAUCAAAUUAGCCGACAGAGAACUAGUAUACUUGAUAAACUGGGCCAAACAUGUCCCAGGUUAUACAGAUCUGUCUCUAAGUGAUCAAGUCCAUUUGAUAGAAUGUUGUUGGAUGGAAUUAUUGUUAUUAAAUUGUGCAUUUCGUUCCAUGGACCAUGAAGGGAAACGUCUAGUCUUUGCACCAGAUUUUCAUCUCGAUAGACAAUUAUGGAAUUUGACUGGAAUGACAGAAAUAUUGGAUCAGGUAGCAGCUGUAUCAGAACUAAUGGUACAAUAUUGUAUUAGUAAAGAAGAACUUCUACUAUUACAAGCUACAGUAUUAGUCAACGCAGAGGUACGAAGAUUGGCAAGCUAUAGUCGAAUCCAAGACAUGCGACAAGUCAUUCUGGACGCCCUUGUAGAAACAUCAGCACGGUUCCAUGCAGAUAAUGUUCGGCAUGUUCCGUCCAUCCUCUUGCUGUUAACCCAUAUACGACAAGCAGGGGAGCGUGGCAUUGCAUAUUUCCAACAGUUGAAGCGAGAAGGAUGUGUGGUAUUCUGUGAUUUGUUGACUGAAAUGUUAGAAGCCCAUAAUAACAUGAGCGAUCGUAAAAUAAAUACAGACACAGAAUAACGACGACUAGACCGGCGGAUAUUGAAAAACAAACUUGAUAGAUCUAGUUGUUUUUUGAUCUGCGGAGUAAUAAUAUCUAGAUUAAUUUUGUAAAUGUUAAUCUGGAUUGUUUAAACUUUUUUGUUUAUUUUAUUGUAAAAUCUACCAAUAGGUGGACUGUAACAGGCUAAAUACAGGUGAAAAAUUUCUAAACAAUUGAUGUUAUAAUUAUUAUAAUCAAUUAUUAUUACUAUUAUACUUUAGGCCUGAUGUACAGUUUACAAGCAUUUAAUGAGUUUAAAUAUAUGUCGUGUUUACAUGCCUAAGGCAAUGAUGUUUGUGAAGCAUUUUAUCCUUCUGCCUGUGGACACAUUGAUAGUAAUUGUUCUAUAUAUGAAACUAUUGUAAAUAAUAUACAGUUGGUUUUCUGGCACCAAGUGCAAAACUAACACCUGAUAGGCUUCAGAAUAUACUCUCACCAUUGACAAGAUAAAUACAAUAAAAAGAUGAGAAUAUUACAAGACGAGUUAGCAAAGUGAUGGUUUAAAACCACAUUGUCUUAACAUAACAUCACCAAAGCCCAGUUCCUGGAAAAUUCUAAAUCAAAGCCAAUUUAGUGAAAAGUUUAGAAAUGAGUUGCUGACUAAGAACACAUAGACACAUAAAAUAGAUUAACUGAUAGUUAAAAGGUUCUUUAACCCAGUCGGUGCCAAGCAUAUGUUGAUAUGCCUGUCAAGUUGUCAUGUAAUUCCACAGUUUCUAGUAUUAUUACCAGAAUACUAUUUUUUUUUUGCAUAUGACUUAUAGACUUACAAAAUGAAAUUCUCCUUUUAUAUAUUUAUGCAAAUUAGUUUAUUUAUAUGCAAAUGACAAAUUUUACACUACAUCGGGUUAUUGAGAACUAUUUAAAGAAAAAAAAUAUUUUUAGCAAUAAUCUUUUACACAUUCUUGGUAAUAAGUAUAGUUGCUGUACAACUUGACGAUAAAAAGAAAGACAAACCAGUAGAUAAAUUUUUAACUAUAAAGCUGUGUGACUGACCUGAACUUCAAAUUGCAUACCAAACAGUUUCCAUACCAGGCACCGAAGGGGAUAAAGAUGAACCCAGAUGAAAGAUUUAAGAUAUUUCUAUGAGCUUGGCCCUUGAGACAAUAUGUCAGAUGCACAGCUAUCUGGGAGACUAAGUGUUUUUAAAACACCUCAAGAAAAACAUGUUUAUAUGUAGUCUUUUAAUAAAUGAAAUUGUACACAGGCUGACGAUGUGAAAACACAAAUAUUAUUAUUAAAAUAAUAAUAUAGUAUUUUUAAAAUAAAUUUUAGAAUAGACUGUUGAUGGUACAUUGGACAUUGAUUGCAAUUCAUCAUCUUUAAUUUGAUUUUUAUACACAUAGUUGUAUUAAUUCAUCAUAAUCUAAAGUUUAUUUCAAAUAUUCUGCAUGGUACAUUUAUAUAGGAUAUGGGGAGUUAAUUUAGGUUUAUAUAUAUUUAAACAAUUCUACAUUUGUUUUUGUUUUUUAAAAAAAGGUUUAAUAUUUGAAAUUUUGACAAAAGUUUUGACUUCAGAAUCUAAUGUGACUGAGUUAAACUUACUUAGAGAAUAUAUUUUGUUUUUGGAAUGUAUUUUUGAAUAUGUUUUGGGUAUUCUUAUAUAGAUUUCUCCAAUUGAAGUUAUAAGUAUAAAGUGCAUUAGUUAAUUUAAGAUCAAAAAGAAAAUUAAUUAAAUUAUUUUUCAAAUAAGACUCUUUAUCAAUUAUUUCAUGAAUAAACACUAUCAGUAUCAGGGGAUAGAAUUUCAAAUAACUUUUCGAAGUAUUCCUUAAAUUUAAAUACUACAAAAUAUGCCCCAAGACUUUGAAGGCUAGUAGUCCCUUAUUUACAUAUAUUUAGCUUGUUUGGUAUAUUGUGUUGUGUUAAUUGGGCUUCUGGUCACCAAGUGACAAGCUUAUUAUAUAUGUCUUAGAAAAAUGAAUAUCAUUUGUGUUUCUUACGAUAUUUCACACAACUGUUUGUCUUACUUCCCUUGCUUUAUUUUUAAGAGAAUCACGCUUGUUAAAAUUAUGUUAUUCAAAACCUAUAGACAAACUAUUAUUUUGUAUUAUACACAAUUUGGAGGAAAAACGCUUCUUAGAUUCCAGUUUUUAUAGUUAUAAUUGAAUGUAUAAAUUUGAUGCCAUGAAGAUGACUGUCUAAUUAUGUUAGUGCAAACCAUACAGUAUGUUGAUGGCAUAAAAUUGAUAUCUUUCUAAUUUUGUUAUAAGCUCAAGUGUCUGUUGUACAAAUAGCUGGGUAUUAGUUAAUAUUAUGUUUUAAUUAUUCUUUUAUGUAUAUCAAACACUUUUAUACAUUUUAUUGUUGAGUUUGAUAUUUUCUGAUUGAAACAUUUAAAAAAGCAAAUUAUUGUUUUCGAAUUGGUUAUCAUCUAAAAUACACAACAAAAUUAAUAGUCAAUAAAUUUUAGAUAAUAAAUUGUAUCUUAUGAAUUAUUUUUUUAAUUAAUUUAACAGUUAUUUAGGAAAAAAGAAUAAAAACAAAAAUUAUAUUUUGAUAUUAAUAAUGAAUAUAAAAAAACUUUGAAACUUUAAAUUAUCAUGGUUGUUUUUUAAAUUUUAUGAAAUAAAUUAUAUUUUAGUUAAAUUUAAAAAUUAUUGAGGAGAAAAUAAUAUUUAAACAAAAAUUAUGUUUUGAUAUUAAUAACAAAUAUUAAAAAAAAAAUUCUUGGUGGUUAAAAAUAUUAUACUAUAAACUGUUUGUGUAACAGACACUGUAUAUAUUGUGUAGUGCUCAGUAGUGCUGGUAGUGUUAAGAUGGUUUAUCUUUCACUAUAUAUCUAUGUGUAUAUACAUUUCCCUUCAAUUCACCUAGUUAUAAUAUGUAUAUUGGGAUAGAAUGGAUCGUGGGAUCGAGAGAGAGAGAGAGUAGGCUGUAUAAAUUUUAAUCAUAUACUCUUGUAGAAAAAGAAGAAAUGAGAAUAAAUUGAUUUUUAAAAAAUGUUAUGAGCUAAUGAAUCAACUUGUACCACUUCUUAAUUGCAGUUAAGUACAAUCCAGUUUUUUGAAAACAGAACUAAUAAUUUGUUCUCUAUUAUAAUAUUCAAAUUUCGAUUAUUGCUAUUGAAUAUGAUAAAUUACUGUUCAAAGAAUUUUAAACAUAUUUUUUGUAUAUUUGAAUUUGAUAAUUUGUGAAAUGGAUACAACGUUGCAAUAUGAAAAUUUGAUCAUCUAGAAUUGAUAUUUUUGUAACCACAAUCUGGACAAGAGCCUGUGGGAGAAUAGCAAUCAAAGUGAAUGAAAAAGAUGCAAGUUUUGACACUAUUUUUCCCCAAAUAUACUGUAAUGUAGACCAGUUUUUUACCACUAAUUAUGUCACAUAAAAUGUUAUGUAUUCCAUUAACGAAAAAGGGCAUGGUGAAGUAAGUUAACAGUUUAUGUUAUAUUUUAGAUGUGCUACAAUUUAGAAAACUCAUUAUAAAACUUUUGGACAGUUCAUUGUUACAUAGCUUAUUAUGUAUACCAGUAUGUAUUUUUCUUUGAUAUUCACAAAUUAUUUACAUUAUCACUGUUAAAUAUAAAAAAGAUAUUGAUUUUGACAAUUAACACACAUCAAAAAUUUACAUUCAGAUGUUUUUUGGUUUGUGUAAAUAUUAAGAUCAGUCAGAAAUGUCCUUUGUACAAUAUCCAAACAUAUUAUGCUUAAAGAAAUAAAAAUGGCAAUUAUUGCUUUUAGGAGAAAUUAAA